UUGGCUUUUGUCUUAACGCGCUGAUGCUCAACUUCGCAGCAGCGCCGCGAACGCGCAGCAUCCGGGAGGACCGCGCGCGUCCCCGCGUCGGCUGCCUGACGCGGAGAGCGAGGAGGUGGCGGCGAAAAAUGAUGGCGACCGAUGCGGCGGAGGCAGGGAGCCGCACCACCUGCCCCUGCCCCGUCCCCGUCCCCGACACCGGCCUCCGCGCCGUGUCCACCGGAGUCGCGCGGAGACGCCGGGACAGGCAGUGGAGGGCGCGCUUGGUUUACCUGCAGUGCUAUUUCCUGACCAUUGCAACGAUAUUAGGAACUGGAAUCUUAGGUCUUCCAGUAACGAUAGCCCAUGCUGGACUGCUGCCUUUCCUCGUCUCCUUUCUUGUUGGCUUUUUUGUCCAGGCCUUGCUUAUCUACCUGUUUGUGGAACUUCUCCAGAAAUGUCAGGUGGUGCAGCUGGACUCUCUAAAGACGGAUGCUGCAGAGUGCAUUGUGAUGGAUCAGGUGAUCGCGGAGGAUCCAGCUCUUACAGAGGAUGAGGAUGAAGAUGAGGGUGAAAAUGCAGAAGCAGAUACAGGUCUGUUGAGGCCGGAUGCGGUUGCCCUGCACAACCUGGAGGACGGGCUGCAGCCCAACCUUCAUCUGCUCGGCCACCUCUUCCUCUCACGGCCCAUGAGCCACGCCUUCAACUGCGUCCUCCUCUUCCAGUUUAUUUCUAUUGGAAUUAGUUAUGUCUUAGCUGGCAGUGAGGCCUAUGCUGCUCUUCUUAAUGUCAGCCACAUCUAUGUGAUCCCGGCCUUCACCUGGAUUCUGACUCUUGCCAUCUUACUAGCCCACACAGUCAUCCAGCCAGUCACGUCCGUGCUCACCCUGCUGAAAGGAAUCCUGCUCAUCGUCACGGUGGCUGUGACGUUCGCAGUGGGGUCAAAGGUCGGCCUUCAGAGCAGCAGCGACUUCAGUGAGAUGGGGAAACCUUUCCUAAUGGGCACAGUGGCGCUGGGAGGGAUCGUAAACGUGAUGCCUUUGCUGUUCUCGCAGAUCUCGCACAACAAGACACAGAUCCUGUGGUUUCGACGCGCAGUUCUUGGCGGCCUGACAACCUGCACUGUGCUCAACAUCCUUUGGUGCUGGGCAGUGCUGGAAAUUGUUCCCCAGACAUCGUUACCAGAGAGGCGAGUGGCAGUUGAGACAAGCACCCGGCCUGACGCCGGCGGCCCACCCGCACCUCAUUCCGCAGCCCCCCCUCUGUUGUACUCCAACAUCUCACUAGAGGAGUCAGAGAAAGCAGGGGAGAUCGCGACCAUUCCACUCACAAAGAUUAUCAAUGAGCGUUACGGCGCCUACUCCUGGGUGGCUGAGCUGAUCCAGGUCUUCAUAGCCGUCAGCGUCACCGUGUCCUUCCUGGUGAUGGGAUCUGCCAUGAAGCACACCGUCGACGGCCUGGUGAGCUCGCUGUGCGCCGGGAGUGUGGAGUGGCUGUCGAAGGCCUGCGAGAGAAAGGCGCCAAACCGACGGCGCGUCUGCUCGGCAGGGAGUGUGGCCAAAGGAUUCAUGUCACUGCUUGGAUUUAGUGUCAUCUUCAUCGUGUCAAUGUGUGAUCCCAGGGGUUUCAUUGUCAUGUUGGACAAAGUCGUGUCGUUCUCUCUCAACACUGAAGUGGGCCUGUUUGUCUUCAUCAUGCUGAGAGAGUCCAGAGAAGACCGCUUCCAACACCUGGCUGUCCCGCUGCCCGUGGGCGACUGCGUCUUCAGCCUCACCUGGCUGCUCCCCUGCUACUUCCUGUUUGCGGUGACCUAUGACGUCCUGCAGACGCUGGCCGAAGUGGCCCACUACCUGCCCUUCUACAGCCACAGUCAGGAGGCACAUGGCCAGAACGGGAGCGGGAGCUUCACGGCAGCCAAUGUCUCUGUGCCGCACUGACCCUCGAGCCGCCGCCGCCGCCGCCGCCCCACACAUGGACCAGAACGAGUUGAAAUUGCCAAAAAUUGGAAGCAUAGCAAGUGCAGUUUUUCCUUUUUAAUCCUUGUAUUUAUACUAAACGAGUUCUCGAUGCAAUGUGAAAACCUUGAGGUGAAGCCGUGUGUUUUUUUGGCACUGCACGUUCCCAUGAUCACCGGGGAUGUCCACGUUUACAUUGGGUCAAUGGCCUGUGGAAAUGUGCCAGCCUGUUGCUGUCUAAGCUUUACAGGACACCAGUGUUUAUAUCCAAACAGGGAAAUGAACCGUCAGAGUCGACACCGAUGAAACACCAUGCGUUUUAUCAAUCCGACACAAUGCACAUAUUCGAGUUUGUCGCGCAGACUGACCGUUCUGUGCACCUGGUCCCUAACGUAUUAUCACUGUAAAUAUGGUUCUAUAUUGGCACGCAUAUACAGUAUAUACAUUUUAAUGAAGACUAUACAUCACGCUGUAACCUGAGCCACUAUCAAUGUAGCAUGAAGAGUAUCAAAAUGAUACUGAUUAGACUGAAAUGAGUGAAUGUUACAGCUUAUUGCUGUUUCUUAGGGUCCUUGAUCGUUCGUUGCCACAAAGCUGAGCCACAGGUAUAUUGUCCUGGGGGGGGGGGGUCCAUGAAGUCCUUUCACUCUGCAGUAGACACUCGCUGCCUGAGUAGAUCCAGUGUUCUGCCGCUGCAAGUUUUUAUGCGUGAGGCGGAAAUAUAAAAUGGCUGCAACCCACUUUCAACUUCCUUUGUAAAGUGCAAAAAUAAAAAUAUUCAAAAUCCCACCGCGGCCCACUUUGAAAAUCCCUGCUUUACAGACAUGCGCAGAGAACGAGGCGCGCCUCCUUAAUUGCGUUGUAUUCUGCUGUGCACCACAGGCCGCGCCCCCAGGACGACCCCAGCGUGAGGGGGCGUCUUCGAAAUCAUCCUGUCGUUGUUCCACAUUGAAGUCAAUUAUGUUUUUUGUCGCGACAUGAAUAAAACGAGCUUUCAUGAUUGUCA